AUGGAAGUUAACCACUGUGGAGUUAACCCGUCACACGUUUUGAUCUAUUACCGAACUGAUAUUGCAGCACUUUGGCUCGAUUUUGAGCCUAUGAACGAGCAUAUUGCCGGCAAACAAAAGUCUCUUCUUCUCUCCUACUUUCCUUUUCUCAGCCCAAUUUUCGUUCAUUUUUUUUUCUUCUUACUUUCUUCUUUUCUGCAUAUAUUCCUUUUAUUAUAUUAUUUUACUGUCUCGUUUUUCGAUAUUUUUUCUUUCCUUUCUCUGAAAUUAAAACAUUCAUUGGUAUAUUUUAAUUUCUUUCUUUCUUUUUUUCUUUCUUUCUUGCUUACUUUCUUUAAUUAUUUCUUUCUUUUAUCGAUAUUUAUUUUCCUUUCUUUCUCUCUGCAGGUCCCGUUUAAUUCAGUAUUCAUUCAUUCUUCUUGUAUUUCUUAUUUAUCUGUUUAUUUCUUUUUUUUCUUUUCUUGUUCUUUUUUUCUUUCAUUUUUUCUUUCCUUUUUUUUGUUUCUUACAUUUUUUCCUUUACUUAUUUAUUUACUUCUUCCUUCCCUAUUUUACUUUCUUCUUUCUUUCUUUCUUUCUUUCUUUCAUUCUUUCUUUCUUUCUUCACAUUUUCUUUCUUUAUUUUUCUCACACCCUCUCUGUCUUUCUUUCUUUGUCUUCAUUUUCUUCAUCUUGAGUUUAUCUAUUUUCCCUCAUUUAUUUUUUCUUUCAUUUCUUUAA